AAUACGGUUCAUCGACACAUUAAGAUUUAUGGCUUCAAGUUUAUCAACACUCUCGGAAAAUUUAUUAACACCAGGGUUCGAAAAGUUUAGAGAAACAGCUAAACAUUUUAAUGCCGCAGACUUGCCACUCGUUACUCGUAAAGGUGUUUACCCUUAUGAGUAUACGGAUGGUUGGAACAAGCUGGAGCAAACCCAUUUACCAGAGAAAGCAGAUUUCUACAUUACACUAACAGAAUCACAUAUACAAGAAGAAGAUUAUGAACAUGCAAAAACUGUUUGGAGUCACUUUGGUUGCAAGACUUUGGGUGAAUACAGUGAUCUAUAUCUGAAAAUUGAUGUUUUAUUGUUGGCUGACGUGUUUGAGAACUUCAGAGACCUAUGUUUAACCACAUACUGUUUGGACCCAUCUUUUUACUAUACAGCACCAGGAUUCUCCUUUGAUUGUAUGUUAAAAUAUACCAGAGUCAAAUUAGAGUUACUCACUGAGUAUGAUAUGCUGCUGAUGAUUGAAAAGGGAAUUCGAGGCGGUUUGACACAAGCAAGUAUGAGGUAUGCUAAAGCUAAUAAUGAAAAGACCCUAGAUUAUGAUCCAACAAAGUCCAAAUCAUGGUUAAUUUAUCAAGAUUGUAAUAAUCUGUACGGUUGGGCAAUGUCACAACACAUGCCCUAUGGUGGUUUUAAGUGGGUUGAACCUAAACUAGAAGGGCUGAAUGAUUUGAACGAUACAUCACCCAUCGGACGGAUAUAUGAAGUUAACAUUACUUAUCCGAAAGAACUCCAUGAUAAACACAACGACUUACCUUUCCUUCCUCAAAACGGUAUCCCAGCUGGUUCAAAAGUUAAAAAACUCAUGGCAACACUUCAGUCGAAAAAAAACUAUAUUAUUCAUUACCGAAACCUUCAGCAAGCUAUAGCCAAUGGACUCAUAGUUGAAAAAGUUCAUAGAGUAGUUCAGUUUAAUCAAUCACCAUGGCUGGCUCCAUACAUAGCACUAAACACAGAGAUGCGAAAAAAAGCAGCAAAUGACUUUGAGAAAGACUUUUUCAAACUUUUAAAUAAUGCGGUUUUUGGGAAAACCAUGGAGUCUAUGCGGAAAAGAAUAAAGAUGGAACUGGUGUCUAGUGAUCGUCGUUUACAAAAACUGAUAAAUCAGUCAACAUUCAAACACUGUACCACAUACAAUGAAACUCUAAAUGCAGUUGCAUUAGAAAACAAAAUCAUUGAUUUUUGUAAACCUAUUUAUAUAGGUUUUGCAGUGCUGGAAAUUUCCAAGUAUUUAAUGUAUGACUAUCACUAUAACGUAAUGCAGAAACAUUAUGAUGAUAAAAUUGAGCUCAUGUAUACAGAUACAGAUUCAUUGGUAUACUAUAUUCAAACUGAUGAUUUUUACAAUGAUCUGUUGAACAAUCCCAACUUGUUGAAUCGAAUGGAUACUGCAAAUCUACCCCGUGACCACCCGUGUUACAUUGCUGAGAGAAAGAAGAUUCCUGGGCUAUUUUCUGAUGAAACCGAUGGACGUAUUAUGAGAGAGUUUUGUGCUCUCCGUGCAAAGUCCUAUGCUUACAUUUUAGAAGAUAAGGAGAAAAUCAAAGCAAAAGGAAUCCGUGGACAUGUUGUUAGAAACCACAUGACUUUUCAAGAUCAUAAACGAUGUUUGUUUGGUGAUACCAGUUUGGAAGUAACAACGUCAAACGUCUAUAUCCGUUCAUUCAAUCACAAAUUAAAGACCAUCAAAUCCGAUAAAUUAACUUAUAACAGUUUUGAUGAUAAAAGGGUUAUACUUGAAGACAAAGUACACAUCCUAGCUCAUGGACACUAUUCUAUAGAGGAGGAACUCGAAGCAGAACUAGAUAGUUGGUUUUUUGUAAAUACUCCUGUAUAUAUUUUUGUAAAGAUUAUGCCUGUAUACAUUGUUAAUUCGGUAGCAGUAAGGUUUUAA